AUGCUGACGCCCGCUAUGGGCUGUUGCUCAUUGGUCAGAGGCUGCUCCGGGUCCGGGUCCAGGGCGGGCUUCAGCCUCGCUUUCAUGGCGCCAUGGCUACUCACUGUACUGGUUUCCUUGCUGCUCUGGCCCGGCGUGGCAGAUGCCAUGCCGGCCAGGCGCAUUGAGAAGUUGCGCGCGGAAACUGUAGACAUGUUCUACCAUGGUUACGACAACUACAUGGACAUAGCCUUUCCCGAGGACGAGCUCCGACCAGUAUCUUGUGUCCCUCUGACUCGCGACACGCAAAACCCUGGGAACAUAGCCCUCAACGAUGUGCUCGGAAACUACUCAUUGACCUUGAUCGACAGCCUCUCGACACUGGCCAUCUUAGCUUCCGCCCCACCGGAUAAGAGAGAGACGGGACCCAAAGCUCUUCGAGACUUCCAAGACGGAGUUGCUGCACUGGUAGAACAGUACGGAGAUGGCACGUCUGGUCCCAGCGGGCAAGGGCUCCGGGGUCGAGGCUUCGAUGUGGACAGCAAGGUGCAGGUCUUUGAGACCGUCAUUCGUGGGGUUGGCGGACUCCUGAGCGCGCAUCUAUUUGCGAUUGGAGAACUUCCUAUCAACGGCUACCAUCCUCCACGCUCCGAGGACACCCUCAAGGUGCCAACCAUAUCCUGGCCCAAUGGUCUCAAGUACGACGGGCAGUUGCUGCGUCUUGCUCUGGACCUGGCUACUCGCCUUCUUCCUGCGUUCUACAGUCCGACCGGCAUGCCAUACCCCAGAGUCAACCUGCGCCACGGCAUUCCCUUCUACGUCAACUCUCCCUUGUACGGCACUGAUGGGGCUGCCAACGUCGAGGGACCUCCCGAAAUUACCGAGACGUGUAGUGCUGGCGCUGGCAGUCUGGUGCUCGAGUUCACGGUGCUUAGUCGUCUGACGGGCGAUCCGAAGUUUGAAGAGCUCGCCAAACGCGCUUUCUGGGCUGUCUGGUACCGGCGCAGCGAAAUCGGGCUCAUUGGAGCCGGUGUUGAUGCUGAACACGGAAAAUGGGUCGGAGCUUUCUCUGUCAUCGGCGCAGGUGCCGACAGCUUUUUUGAGUACGCCCUCAAGUCACACAUUCUCCUUUCUGGCCACGGACUGCCGAACCGGACGGGUCUUGAGACCAAUUCGCGGCCUACCAAGUUCAACCCCAACCCGCUGUUCCCUCCUUUGAGCGACGAGGAGAACUCCCCAGACUCCUUCCUCGCUGCUUGGCAUCAAGCACACGCGGCCAUCAAGAGGCAUCUCUACAGCGACAGGGAUCAUCCGCAUUAUGUGAAUGUCAAUAUCUGGACAGGCUCACUGGCUUCACAAUGGAUUGACAGCCUAGGGGCCUAUUACUCUGGCCUCUUGACGUUGGCCGGCGAGCUAGAGGAGGCCAUCGAGACGAACCUUCUUUACACCGCGGUCUGGACCAAGUAUUCUGCUCUGCCGGAGCGCUGGUCUCUUAGGGACAAGACAGUGGAGGGUGGCCUGGGCUGGUGGCCCCUGCGGCCUGAGUUCAUCGAGUCCGUCUACCACAUCUACCGCGCUACCAAGGACCCCUGGUAUCUAUAUGUGGGCGAGAUGGUCCUUCGCGACAUUACUCGGCGAUGUUGGACCGAGUGUGGCUGGGCAGGUCUGCAAAAUGUCCUCGAUGGCGAGAAGAGCGAUCGCAUGGAAAGUUUCUUUCUCGGAGAAACCGCCAAGUACAUGUAUUUGCUCUUCGACGACGGGCAUCCGCUCAAUUCUUUGGAUGCGGCAUAUGUCUUCACUACCGAAGGCCACCCUCUCAUCAUUCCCAAGAAGCAGCAACCGCCUCGAAAGAAGCGCGCGCCCGCGGUCACGACAAAGGAGGUCGAUACUUAUACAGGAGAGCCAUUCACGAACUCUUGCCCUGUUCCCCCGAAAGAAGUUCCCCUGACUGGGUCGAUCAUCGCGGCGAGAACGGAUAUAUAUCAUCCUUCAAGAUUACUUGACCUCCAUCUAGCACCUGACUUGCAUGCCGCACACUACGCUACUUCACUACCUGGACCCCUAACCUCGCUUUCAAACUACACCUUUUAUCCUUGGACGCUCCCUCCCAGUCUGCUGCCUGACGACGGCAUAUGCGCCAAGGUGAAUCAACCAGUGGAGCUAUCUCUCGAAUUCGCGCAGACUCAACAGCAACCCGCGGGUGGCAGUGCAUUCAACAUCAUGCUCGGAAAUGUCAAUCUGGAACGCCUCAGUAUAGACAAGAUCAGAGUCCUUAGCAUCUCUGGUCUCAAGCUGACAUUGCGCCUCGAGGACGAGAACGACCAGGAGUGGCGGAUCACGCGCGUUAAUAAUGUGCCGCUUGGCCGCGACGAAUCGGUCGUAAUCGAUCGAGCCGUGCUCGGCCAGAUAUCGGAUCCGAGGUUCAACCUGGUUCGUGAUCCUGUGGUUGUCAAACUACACCAUCUUCAUCAGGUAAUACUUGGCGGUGACAACGACACCACACCCGACAUGGCUCCUUCUCUCGAGGACGCCGAGACUGAAGAGGCGGGCUUUGAAUCCGCCUCGUUACACAUAGCAGAUAUAGAUGCCAAGCGAGGCUCGGCAACGGAAGACGGCGACAACACCUCGACGAGCAUGCGGCCCUCCGAUAUCGCCACGCUCUUCAAGUCCUUCUUCCAGCACAUAGUCUCGUCUCUGGACGGCGCGCCCCUCGCCACCGGCAUCCCGGGCGUCGGGCGCCACGUGGCAAAAAACCAGCCAUACAACAUCCUCCUCAACGCGUCGGCCAUCACGCCGACGGGCAUCGGCGCCGCGCCGCUCCCGCCGGUAGAUAUCCCGCCCGGGUCGCACGUGCCCAGCUCCGGCGCCGUGGACGCCUCGGUGCUGCCCUGGACGACCGUCUUCGCCGCCGGCGACGCCUGCGCCGAGCCCCUGCCCGAGUCGGCGCCGCGCGACCACCAGGUCAUCCUCGUCCGGCGCGGCGGCUGCUCCUUUGGCGAGAAGCUCGCCAACAUACCGCCCGCCACGCCCAAGCCCGGCAGCCUGCAGCUCGUCGUCGUGGUCUCGGACGACGACAACGAAGGGGGGCAGGCAGGCAGGGAAGGCGGCGGAGGCGAGCAGCUGAUCCGCCCCCUGCUCGACGACGUGCAGCGGACGCCCGGCGGCCUGGUCCGCCGGCACCCGAUCGCCAUGGUCAUGGUGGGCGGCGGGGAGGCGGCGUACGCCGAGAUGGCCGGCGCGGCGCGGCUGGGCAUCUCGCGGAGGCACUACGUCGAGAGCCAGGGGCUCAGGGUGCGCAACCUGAUCAUCGAUGACGGCGAGACGGCCAACUUGCUCUGA